CUGUCACUGCUAAAAUCAGAGCAGAUAGAGCCUGCGCAAUGGAAUAAAGUCCUCAAUAUUGAAAUGUGACAUUGCUCUCAACAUCUCACAUCUCUCUGGAUUUCUUUUUUCUCAUUAUUUCUGCUAACAAAUUCAUUUCCAGACUUUGCACUUUUAAGAAGCAAUGGAAAAAAUCAACAGUCUUUCAACACAAUUAUUAAAGUGCUGCUUUUGUGAUUUCUUGAAGGUGAAGAUGCACACUGUGUCCUACAUUCAUCUCUUCUACCUUGGCCUGUGUUUGCUUACCUUAACCAAUUCUGCCACUGCUGGCCCAGAGACACUCUGUGGUGCUGAGCUGGUUGAUGCUCUCCAGUUCGUAUGUGGAGACAGAGGCUUUUAUUUCAGUAAGCCAACAGGGUAUGGAUCCAGCAGUAGACGUUUACACCACAAGGGAAUAGUGGAUGAAUGCUGCUUCCAGAGCUGUGACCUGAGGAGGCUGGAAAUGUACUGCGCUCCUAUCAAGCCACCCAAAUCUGCACGCUCUGUACGUGCUCAGCGCCACACUGAUAUGCCAAAAGCACAAAGGGAAGUGCAUUUGAAGAAUACAAGUAGAGGGAACACAGGAAACAGGAACUACAGAAUGUAAGAAAAUGCCAUCCACAAGAAUGAAGAAUGAAUGUGCCAUCUGCAGGACACUUCACUGUAAAUAAAUUAUUUGUUAAACAUUGGAAGACUUAAAAACUAUAGUUUAUAAGCUUGAUGAAAUCUCAACCAAUGGGCAUUCUCCCAAUAAACAAUGCAAGUAAACAUUCCAACAUCAAGUCUUUAGAGAGCAGAAUGUUAUAAACCAACCUAGUGCUAAAAAUGUUCUGAGGUUGGUACAAUGCUGCUUGAUUAUUAACCUGUUAUAAAUGUCCUGCACAAAAACUCUUAAAAUCCUGUGCCCCUCAAAAGCCUGCAAAUUUAUGGGCCUUUGAUGGAUCCAAUUGCACUAAAUUAACCUAUGAACCCUGGCCGCUGGAGUCAUUCAUCAGCCUUGGCUUAGAGUUGGGGUUUUGUUUUGUUUGGUCUUUUUUUUUUUUUUUUUUUUUGCACUUCUAUACAAGAACAGGCUGUUUGUUUUACAGUGUCUGAUAACUUUGUUUGUCUACCCCUUUCAUAUUUGCACAGUCUGAUAUUCCCAGUAGCAGCAGCAGUAAAGUAACACAACUUUUAGACAUCCAUUUAUUCCAUCUGUGGUAUUUUGACAGCAUAUGGGUUAAACACGUUUAAGACAAAGCUUUAUUUUUCCACAUCUUGCUAAGAUGCAAAUAGUUGCAACUUGUGAGGCAAAUGAUUGUUAGAAGCAGUUAAAGCAUAUGUAGGCUAUUAGACCAUCAAUGAUUGUUUCAGGUAACAAAUUGUUUUGCAACAGUAUAAAUAACUUUUUUUCUUCCAUAUAAUGCAGUAUGUAAAAUUUAGCAUAUCAAUAAUACACAUAUAUCAAACAGUAUGUAAAAUUCUCUUUUAUAGUACAAUGGUGCUAUUUUAUAAUCUGUUAUAUGAAAGGGUCCGGCCAAAACCGUAAAAGGUAAAAAGCAAAAUAGAAAACUAAGCCAAAGAUGAAAUAAAAGAAAGUAGGUUAAAAAAACACACAAGUAUAUUUUUUUUUAAAAGACUCAGUGCUUUAGAUUCUUAUUUCAAAAUUGUUUCUCACCUUCAAAAGAAAAUAAAGAUGUGAAGUUCCAGUAGUUUCCUUUUUGAGAUUUGGAUUCUAGUAUUUAUAGUAACACAUGAAUACAGUUACAGUAAUUCUGAACACAGACAUAUACACAUAGGCCCACUGAAAUAAAUAGAAAAACGUCAACAGUCUUCAAUGCGUAGGAUCAGGCCCUAAAUCCUUAAGAAACAUUAGUAUUCUGCUCUUAUAACAGGGGGUUAAUCAUACUCUUUUAUUUCUUCCCACAUCUCUAUGCGACUAAACCGAGUGUUAAUUAUACUGCAGCAUCCCUCUGUAAAUCAGAAAAGCUCUUUAGGCAGAGCAGUUCUUUAGUCUGUAACUUUGUACCUUUUAUACACUCAGAUACCUUGGUGAUGGAGGAAUAAGAUUAUAUGUUUCUAAUCGGUGCCAUUUCACAGAACCUUGAUAUGUGACGCUCUGAUUCAAGGUUAAAACAGCUCUGUAAUAAAGGGUGAUAUGGAACCAACACUGUUGCAGAGGGAGCACCAGAAUAAGCUACUAUGGGGAGGAGCACACACAACGCUACAACCCUUCAAGGUGUGCAACAUAGUUCUACUCUCUGCAUCUGGACAGCUCUGCACUCUCCAUCCCAUAGUAAAUUUUAAAGUGUUAGAUUUAAAUGACUAAAUUUCAGGAAAUAUCCUAACCUUCUAAAAUUUGAUACAAAAUAAGACUUUCAAUUACUACAUAGAAUUUCACUGAAGUUU